AGUGCCUACCUUCUCUACUGAGGUGCACAUCCCUCUGGACUGCUGGUCGACCAGCUGGGAAGUCUCUUCAAGAAGUGCUUUUGCAGUAGCUUCUGGUGAACAUGAAUAUCCUGCAAGUCCUGGGUCUCCUACAGCUGUUGACUGUGACUGCUUUCACUCUGACACAGCCGACCCAUGACUACUGGGGAGAGUUUGGAGCCUAUGGGCCCUGCAGUCGCACCUGUGGCACAGGAGUGGCAAUGAGAACCAGGAAAUGUAUCACGUCAAGGACAGAUGGAGGACAUAACUGCAUAGGAUCUUCUAAAUCCUACCGAACCUGUAAUACACAUGAAUGUCCAGUUGGAUCUAGGGACUUCAGGGAGGUCCAGUGCUCCCAAUUUGACAGAACGGACUUUCAGAGCAAACAGCACACAUGGGUUCCUUAUUAUGGAGCAUCCAAUCCAUGUGAGCUGAACUGUGUCCCGAGAGGACAGAACUUCUUCUACCGACACAGACCCGCAGUGGUGGAUGGGACACCAUGUUAUGUGGGCCGCACUGAUAUCUGUGUGGACGGCGUCUGCAGGAUACUGAUCUACGGAGAGUUUAUGGGCUUGGAUGGGGACACUAAUUCUGUACACUCUGCUGCUCCUGUUGCUGUUGCACCUCACCCAACGGAGACACUCACGUACAUCUACAAAACCGGUGUUUAUGGCGAGUGCUCUGCCACCUGCGAUGGAGGCAUGCAGUAUCGCAGCGUGGCAUGUUGGGCUCAGGAUCCAGCCAACCCCCAUGUGGUGGACGAGUCUUAUUGCAUUACCCAGCGCCUGCAGAGGCCACAGAGCCAGCAGGCCUGCAAUAUGCAUCCCUGUGCUGCUGAGUACAGUGUCUCCAGCUUCAGUGUGUGCUCUGUGACUUGUGGGGAAGGCCAGCAGACAAGGGAGGUGAUCUGUGUGGGGCUUGGAGGUAACCAUCUGGCUGACCACGCCUGUAGUGGACUGACAAAACCUCCUUCUGUCCAGACCUGCCGCAGACCUGCCUGUCACACACAUGUCACAUGGCAUGUUACUGAGUAUGGACUGUGUACUAGAAGCUGCGAUGGUGGUGUGAGGGAGAGGAGAGUGGGCUGUUUUGAUACAGAUUUGAACCCCUACCCAGAGGCCCGAUGUGGAACAGCUAGCAGACCCGUCUCUGUAGAGGCAUGCAACUCACAGCCAUGCCCCGGAGCACAAAUGGUCCCAAGUGCUCAGGACCCAAGGGCACAUACCGUGAGAGGAUUUGUGCCCCAUGUUUCAGAAGACACCUCAGCUUCCAGGCCAUAUUCAGACAUUAGGUAUGAUCCCUACCCUGCUGUGACUGGUCCUCAAUGUGCUCAGUCAUUCUAUGGCUGCUGUCCUGAUGGCCAUACCUCUGCCACAGGGCACAGGAACGAGGGCUGCUCCCAAGAUGACUGUGUCCGCACCAGAUACGGCUGCUGUUUGGAUGGGGUGACUCCAGCUCAAGGAUUUGGAAGGGUUGGAUGUCCUGAGUACCAGGCAACUGUGCACACAGCACCUCCUGCCCCUCCAUCCACUGGUAAUGUGUGCUCCCUGCCUCGUGAUGAGGGCCCCUGUGAUACUUGGAAGGUCCGUUUCUACUAUGACUCAGGCACUGGCAAAUGUACCGGGUUCUGGUAUGGAAGCUGCCAGGGCAAUGCCAAUAACUUUGUGUCCAUGGAAGCAUGCCAGAGAGAGUGCGGGGCUGUGGUGAGGGAGCCCCCACCUGCUCCUCGCAGAGUUACCCCAAGGAGAGAAUUACCCAGAGGUCUUCUGAGGGCAAGGGCGUAACAGUGCUCACCAGCAACACCUCCAAAUCAUGGGCUAACCGGAGUGUUGUCUCUGUGAAGCUAAUCGUGAUAUUUGUGCAAGCAUAGUAUUUACAUAUAUGAAGACAUACACAAACAUGUAUUGUAAAACUCAACACAUCCCGGCUUUCUUUUAAACACAAGACUUUAGACAAGACAUUAAAAUUGAUCUAGAUAGCCUCACAUUAUAACUGACAUAAUCCCAGCUCAUGGUUCUGAUUUUAUUAUCCAUUUGAUCUUUGGCUUUUUGUUUGUGAUGCUCAGUAUAUUCAUUUGUGUAUUUUUCCCUUAUAGAUCAGGAAUAAAAUGAAGUAAUGUCAA